CUAAGCAGUAGCUCAUCAUUUGCAAACCCUUCGCGACUAUUCGACCCGUUGACCGUCCAAAACCAUGGUGAACUUUUCCGUACAGCAGAUCCGGAAAAUUAUGGAUGUUCCGACGAACAUUCGAAACAUGUGUGUCAUCGCUCACGUCGAUCACGGCAAGUCGACCCUGACGGACUCGCUGAUCAGCGCCGCCGGGAUCAUUGCGCAGGAGAAGUCCGGAGAGGCGAGGUUCAUGGACACCAGGCAGGACGAGCAGGAGAGAACGAUCACGAUCAAGUCGACCGGAAUCUCCUUGUAUUACGAGCUUCCUAGCGAAAAGGUGCCGAAAGGUUGCGGAUCGAACGCGUUUUUGAUCAAUUUGAUCGACUCUCCAGGGCACGUCGACUUUUCCAGCGAAGUGACGGCCGCCCUGCGGAUCACCGACGGCGCGCUGGUCGUGGUGGACUGCGUUGAGUCCGUGUGCGUGCAGACGGAGACCGUGCUGCGCCAGGCGCUGGGAGAGAGAGUCCGACCGGUGCUCAUGGUGAACAAGCUCGACCGAGCGUUCUUGGAGCUGCAGUUGGACCCGGAAGAGGCGUUCAUGGCCUUUUCUAAGACCAUCGAGUCCGUGAACGUGAUCAUCUCGACGUACCCGGACGACAAGCUCGGGAACGUCCAGGUGAACCCGGUCGACGGUACCGUCGCCUUCGGAUCGGGACUGCACGGUUGGGGCUUCACGCUGACUCGGUUCGCGGAAAUGUAUUCUAAGAAGUUUAACAUCGAAAAGGAAAUCCUCAUCAAGAGGCUUUGGGGCGAUAACUACUUCGAUCCCUCCACCAAAAAAUUCACGCACAAAAACGUCUCUUCCGACGGAAAACCGCUGCGCCGCUGCUUCGUGCAGUUCGUGCUCGAGCCCAUCGUCCAGCUGUUCCACUGCGUCAUGAACGGAGAGAAGGCGAAGUACGAAAAAAUGAUGAAGGCGCUCAACAUAGUCAUCACGGGCGAGGAGGCCGACCAGAGCUCCAAGGCCCUCUUGAAGACCAUCAUGAGAAAGUGGCUCCCGGCGUCCGACGCGCUGCUGGAAAUGUUGGUGCUCCACCUCCCCUCCCCGGUCGAAGCGCAGAGGUACCGAGUCGAAACGCUCUACGACGGACCCAUGGACGACGAGGCCGCGAUCGCCAUCAGGGACUGCAACCCCAACGGCCCGCUCAUGUUGUUCGUCUCCAAAAUGGUGCCCACGUCCGACAAGGGCCGCUUUUAUGCGUUCGGCCGGAUUUUUUCUGGAACUAUCCGCUCCGGACAAAAAGUCCGCAUUUUGGGACCCAACUACGUCCCCAAUAAGAAAGAGGACCUGUUCAUAAAGAGCGUGCAGCGCACCGUCCUCAUGAUGGGCAGGUACAUCGAGCCGGUCGAGGACGCGCCUUGCGGCAACACCAUCGGACUCGUCGGCGUCGACCAAUUCAUCCUCAAAACCGGCACCCUCACCACCUCCGAGACCGCCUGCGGUAUCAAGUCACACACGCGAGACAGAUCCCCCGUCGUCCGCGUCGCCGUCGAGCCCAAGAACCCCGCCGACCUGCCCAAGCUCGUGGACGGCCUCAAGCGCCUCUCCAAGUCCGACCCGCUCGUCCAAUGCACCAACGAGGAAUCCGGCGAGCACAUCAUCGCCGGCGCGGGCGAACUGCACCUCGAAAUCUGCCUCAAGGACCUCUCCGAGCAAUACUGCGGCAUCGAACUCAACAUAUCCACCCCCGUCGUCUCCUUCCGCGAAACCGUCACCAAACUCUCCAGCGAGGUCGUCCUCUCUAAGUCGCCCAACAAGCACAACCGACUCCAAAUGACCGCCGAACCCAUCGACAUGGAACUCGCCAACGACAUCGAGUCCGGCAUCAACCCCCGCGACGAACCAAAGGCUCGCGGCAGGUACAUCAGCGAAACCUACAACUGGGACAUCAACGACGCUCGCAGCAUCUGGUGCUUCGGACCCGAAUCCACCGGCGCCAACCUGCUCAUCGACACCACCAAAGGCAUCCAGUACCUCAACGAAAUCAAAGACUCCUGCGCCACCGCCUUCCAAUGGGCCACCAAAUCCGGCCCUCUCUGCGAAGAAAACGUCCGCGGCGUCCGAUUCAACCUCGUCGACGUCGUCCUUCACGCCGACGCCAUCCACCGCGGCGGCGGCCAAAUCAUCCCCACCGCUCGCAGGUGCUACUACGGCUGCAUCCUGACCGCCUCCCCCGCCAUCCUCGAACCCGUCUACAACGUCGAAAUCCAAUGCCCCGAAUCCGCCAUCGGCGGCAUCUACACCUGCCUCAACCGCAGGCGCGGACAAGUCUACCUCGAAGAACAACGACAAGGCAGCCCCCUCUACAACGUCAAAGCCUACCUCCCCGUCUGCGAGUCCUUCGGCUUCACCGCCGACCUCAGGUCCCACACCGCCGGCCAAGCCUUCCCCCAAUGCGUCUUCUCUCACUGGCAACACCUCGCCGGCAACCCCCUCGAACCCGGCAACAAAUCCUUCGACGUCGUCGCCGGCAUCCGCAAACGCAAGGGCCUCAAAGAAGGCAUCCCACCCGCCUCCAACUACAUCGACAAACUCUAAAAUAACAUAAACCGCCCCCUCUC